GUAUCGAAAUUAUCCAAUCUCGUCUAAUUACCACCUCUCUCUCCAAUAGUUUAGCUAUUUCCUCAAACAAGGAAAAAAAGUUCCCAAAAAGAAAAAAACCCCGCCGCAAAUUGCAGCAAUGGAGCUUCUAAAUCGUCUGGGUUUCGAUUCUUAGGUUCGUCUUCGACCUUUUCAUCUACCUGUUUUCCAAGAGAGGCAUUCUAGCUGACCCUUUUCGAAUAGUUUGAUGAAUAAACCAUAAACAGCACUUAUGAGUUUCAUUUCUGUAAGCUUCAAAUUCAGUUUGAGUCCUCAAACUAGACUUCCAUGUAGAAAGUCUUUUAUUUCACGAUCAUCACCUGGGCUUCUUAACAUCCGAGCUGUGCAAGAGAAUGGGGGUCCUCGAAGAUUGGUUGACAUCAUAAGGCUUGUGCCAGAUAUUUCUAGGAACUACUUUCGAAGUCCUUCUCGAAGGGCACUUUUUGGUGGAAUCUCCUUGUUAGGGGGUUUUUAUGUUGCACAAACAAUCUCUUUGUCCUUUGGUGCUUUAGGAGUAAACGAUGUGAUUGCAGCGGUAAUAUGCGUGCUACUGACGGAGUAUGUAACAAGGUUUUAUUACAGCCGUCCAAAGGUAACAUUCCCUAUUGCUCUUCUCAACAAUUUCAAGAUGGGUUUCACCUAUGGACUUUUCAUUGAUGCUUUUAAGCUUGCCAGUUGAUUAUACCCUGUUUAUUCUGACACCUUUCAAGUUUAUAGACUUCGCAAAUUUCCCAUUUUUACUAUAUACAUUUUGGUCUAUUCUUUCCUCACAUGUUGGUGACUCUAACUCGCACACCAAAUGAUUUGAUGUAUUAUAUUACCUUAAUUGUUUUGUUGUGAAGCUAGUAAAUUUUGAUUUCAGACA